GACUCUCUCUUCUUUAGUUAAAAAAAAAAAGAAACCCUAAUGCUCUCAAGUUACAGCCGACUGAUCCAGCGCCGCUGCGCCGGUCAUCCACUGCCGGUCAUCCAUCGCCGGUCAUCCACCAGCAUCGGUCAUCCAUCGCCGGUCAUCCACCAGCAUCGGUCAUUCACAACCGGUCAUCCACCGCCGGUCAUCUCCUUGAGUCUUAUUUCAAAAACUAAAGAUGGCUAAUGGAUUGGGUUCGGAAUGCAUAGUUUGUGGGCAUGUGGGGAUGGAUGACGGUUCCGAUGGCUUUUUUUACUGCCAGCGAUGCGGGGCUCAAGCUGACGGAAUCAGGGACACCGCUGUCGAUCAAGAUGAAAUGCUUUUGACCAAAGAGAAUAUAGGGAGUGUUGUUCAAAGGCGAGUAAGUGUUGUUAAACCUGAGCCUAUCACCCAGUCCCAACCGCUUUCACAGUUUUGGGAAACUCUAAUGGCCGAAGACGCUGAAGCAGGUGAUGGGGUGGGUCCUACUAAGCCUGCUGAUUUUGGGAGUGAGCCUGAAGGCCCUAAACCAUUGGGUUAUGAAGAUUAUUAUUCAGAAAUUAGAAUGAGAUAUGUGAUGGGUGUCCAGAUAAUGAUCGAAUUGCAGGUCAAGGCUUUGGUUGAAGAAUUUAACGUGUGUCCAAUAAUUGUUGGCAUGAUUGAGCCCGUUUGGUUAAGAUUUGUAGCAUCUACUAAGCUUUUCUCUGACGAUUGGGCUGAUGAGGCUAUUAAUGAAUCGGAAUCUCAAGUGCAAGGGGUAACAGAAGGUGUUGGGGUUAGGGCUGAGCAUAAAUCUGAGCCUCAUAAUUUACUCGGUAAACGAUCGGUAAUGAUAUGGUACCAAUCAGUGAGCAAGACAAUACCUUUAUAUUACUCUUUAAUAAUUUCUUUUUUGGCAUGCCAUUUGGCAAGGGAGCCAAUCUUAUCAACCGAUAUAGUUAAGUGGACACUUGAUGGAAAACUUCCCUAUUUUGCCGCUUUUGUCGAAAUCGAUAAAAAAAUAGGAUCCCCUACUAAGGCAUGUCCCCUAAGUUCAAGCCGUAUGUUUAGACCUACACAAGCAAUUUCAAUGCAAAAACUGGAGUCAUUAGCAGCUUCUAUUGCUCAAGAAAUCGGAGGAUUAGAAUUACCUCCGGUUAACUUUUAUGCAAUCGCUUCCCGUUAUCUUAAGCAGUUAUCUCUUCCAGUUAAUAUUAUUCUCCCUCAUGCAUGCCGGAUAUAUGAGUGGUCUAUGCCACCCGAGCUGUGGUUAUCUGCUAACGAGUUCAGACUUCCUACACGUGCUUUUAUAUUGUCUAUACUUAUAGUUUCCAUUAGGAUUCUUUACAAUAUCCAUGGCUUCGGGAAGUGGGAAAUGUCGUUGUCCUGUGCAGUUAAAAGAAAAGAUGGAAAAAAGUCGCAAGUUAAUAAUGACGAUGAGCUGUCACAGCAUAGUAGCAGCCAGUCAGAUGUAGAUGAUUCUGCUGCAGAGCCUUACAGUAAGCGGUCCGAACAAUCCAACUUCGAUGCUACGGAGAUUUUAGUUUUACUACACUCAAAAUACAAUGAGCUCUUUGAUACAAGUGAUCACGGUAAGGAUUUAAAAGAAUAUCUUAAAUAUUGUAAAGAUGUUGUUUUUGCUGGCGUGGAACUGUCAUAUGAGGAUCAAGAGGAAGACAAGAUUAUAGAGGACCUUUGGAAGUGUUACGAGAAUAAAAAGGAUCAUAAACCAUCUGAGUUAUGUUCUUUGAGCCCGAGUAGUCUCCACAAGAGACCUCGAGAUCAUUCACAAAGCCAAAAGAACAAGACCAAGACUAAGAAACCCAAAGAUGAAAUUACCCCCGACUCGAAGGAUUCCCACAAAGAUAGAGAAAUAAGGCGGAUGAAAUCAAACAUGGAAGAGAACAAAUUUUGUUACAUUCCUCCAAGGAAAAGAGUGAAAAGACAUGAUUACUUACACUACACAAGGAAAAAAGGGGACGGGGCGUAUGUUUAUGCUGCACAUGCGGAUUAUUACAUUCUACUACGUUCUUGUGCACGAGUGGCUCAACUUGAUAUCAGGAGUAUGCAUGCCGCAGUGCUUAGUUUCAAGAGACGAUUGGUUUGGUUAGAGAAGAACAUACAACACUCGUUGAAACAAUUGCCUUGUAAUGAAGAUUGCCAACUUUGUCAUGAUGGCAAUGCUAUAAAUCUUUCCAAGUUAAACUUGUGAGAUUUGUUCAUAUUUUGUUGUUU